AAAAAAGAAUGUUUUUGAAAAAGAGAAGAAAAAAAAAGAACAGUUCAAAAAAUUAGGACGUUCGAAAAGAUUUGUGUUUUUCUUUUAACGAGUUAUAUAACGUUUUUGUUUUUUAGUGUAUCUAAGUAAAAGUGUCAGUUUCGGUAAACUGUGUUCUGAAUUUAUAUCCCGAGCCCCAUAGCUCGUAACAAAUUGGUGUCAGGAGUGCGAUGUAAAUCAUUCCGGUUAUGCCGAAAGAAGACACUGAAGGGAUUCGUACACGAAGUCAACAGCGACAACAGGCGAUGGAUCAGCGACGUUUUAGUGAAUCUUCUGAUUGGACAUUAGAUGGUCAGCAAACAACUGACUCUGUUUUAACCGCCAGCACCACUGGCGCUACUCCAGCACCUGCUAUGCUUGAUUUAUCUGUAUUGUUGACGGCGUUGCAAGAGCAGACCAAUCAGUUGAAAAAUAUGCAAGAGCAGGCACGUCAAAUGAAAGAAGAACUCCAGCGAGGCCAAGAAGAGCAGGCACGUCAAAUGAAAGAAGAACUCCAGCGAGGCCAAGAAGAGCAGGCAAGUCAACUGAAGGAACUGCAUGCAACGAUUGGCAGCGAUUUAAAGGUAAUCAAGGAGCAGGUUGAGUACCAUGAAGAGCAGGUACAACGGCAUGAGAAUCGAAUUUCCAAAGCUGAAGUGAAGAUCACAGAUGUUGAGAAAGCUUAAAGUACCGCCUUUCGACGGGACAUCUUCAUGGUCGGCUUAUAAAAUUCAGUUUGAAGCCGUGGUGAGGAUGAAUGGAUGGACUAAAGCACAGGCCAUGACAGCACUCACGUUGGCCCUCCGCGAUCAGGCCUUGACUAUACUAGAGGCCCUCAGUAAGGAUGUCACUUAUGACCAACUGGUGGAGGCAUUGGAGUCCAGAUAUGGAGACAAGCAUCUUGAGCACGUGUAUCGGGCGCAGCUUAAGGACCGUGCGCAACGUAGUGCCGAGACUCUACAGUGCUGGGCAUUGGAAGUUGAGAAGCUGGUCCGAAAAGCGUAUCAGUCUUCACCUGCAUUGGUUGAGGGACUACUUGUACAAGC